CCCACUUUGGAGCUGCAGCUGCAAGUGUGUGAGAGCAGGGACGAGUCAGGCAGAGGAUAUGAGUUUAUUUCAGCAAAUUUAACAGCUCACUUGUGAGGAUUAAUUGUACCUGUAUUUACAUAUUAAUAGAGUCAAUUAUGUCAGACAAGCGCAAUGGCCAAGCUUCCCAAAGGAAACCAUCCAGCAACAAGAACAUUAAGAAACUCCGCACUAUUAGCAUGGUGUGCAGCCUGGCAAACAGUUGGCAGCAAUGGGUGACAGAGAAUGAGAAUAAGCAGGCCAGUGAACCCAGCGGCUGGGCUCCACCUUCACUGGGAGGACCGGAGGAACCUGAGAAGAAGUGGGUCCCCAAGAAGUCUCUUCCCAUACAAACGCAGCAAACAGAAGCUUCUAAAGGUCUCGUAGCUCAUCAGACAUCAGCGUCCAAGACUGAUGAGGUUAAGACAUCGGAUGAGCCACCAGUGGUACCUUGUAUCAAGACAAAACAAGUGGUGAAGACAGUGACCAGCAGCGUUCAGGAGAAAAGUGCAGGUAUUGGGCUCCUGACGGAAAAAAUCAAGAGGGAGCAUCUGCCAUCAGAUGAAGAAAUUGACAGAAUGCUGAAGAAGAAAAGCUCACCCACUCGUCGCAGGAAGUGCUCCAACAUGGUGUCAUCUCUGACCAAAAGCUGGAAGCAGGUGGAGAAUGAGCAGAAGCUUGUAAAAGGAGGAGGAGGUCCGAGAGAGGGACUCACCUGUGGGGAUAAAGAGGACAGUGGGCCCACUGAGGCAGAUGAGGAGGGUCUGGAGGAAGCUGAAACACACAGAGCAGAAGCAGAGCAGAAGAACUGCGAAGAAGAUUCUGAGACACCAGUGAGAAUAAAAAGAUCCUCAGUCCCAGCGUAUAAAAAAGAAGCCGAGGAUGCCAACAAGAUCAGUACUUUGUCCAAGAAAUACAGCGCCGUGGGAAGUCUCAAGAGCCGCUGGCAGAACUGGGUCUCUGAACAUGCAGUUAAUCAGAAAUUAAACCCCUUCAGUGAAUACUUUGACUAUGAUUAUUCCAUGUCCCUCCGCCUCCAAAAAGGCCAGGAGGGUUACGGACAUCCAAAGGAGGGGAGUAAGACAGCAGAAAGGGCCAGACGUGCAGAGAAACACAUCCACCGUGAGAUAGAUGACAUGUGCUAUGUGAUCAGGACUAUGGCUGAUCCGGGCCCCGACGGAAAGACCCGGGUCACGUUCGGAGAGCUGUUUGACAGAUAUGUUCGGAUCUCUGACAAGGUGGUGGGAAUUCUGAUGAGAGCCAGGAAACACGGGAAAGUGGCGUUUGAAGGCGAGAUGCUGUGGCAAGGCCAAGAUGAUGGAGUUAUCAUUACUCUUCUAGUGUGA